AUGAGCGUGGGCGUGGUGUUCGUGGCCCGCCCCUCCGCCCACGUCUCCGUCUACAACUUCCUCUUUUCCUUCGCAGGGGCGUUCGCGCAGCAAGGAUCUGAAGUAGUGCCCCCUUGCCCCCGAGGACGUACCGCUUUCUUCACGCUGUGGAUCGGCUCCGUCCUCGUCUACACUUCGUACACAGCGCGACUGACCUCCCAGCUGGCCGUGGUUUACACCCAGGAACCCUUCUCCUCCCUCACUGAGGCCCUCACCACGGCGGGGUUCCUGGUGGCGGCGCAGAAGGGCACGGCUUACAUCACGGCCAUGGAGAGCGCUCGGGACGAAGGGUUAAAACUGCUUUACGAAACCCUUCAGUCAAACCCGUCACUGUUGGUCCAAAACAACACAGAGGCGCUGGAACUCCUGCAGAAGUCGAAGAGGAAAAUCGCCUUCUUCCAGGAUGUAAACAGCGUCAACUACAACGUCAAGGGCGAUUGUGGAUACACGUGGUAUGGCGAGGAUUAUUUUCCCGAAUACGUCUAUCUUGGAUAUCGGAAGAAUCUGUCCUUCGCCAACGCUUUCUCUUAUUUCAUCAUCAAGGCCUCAGACACGGGCAUCACCCCAAAGCUCAUCAAGAAAUGGUGGGGAUCGAGCUCGAGCUGCGCCUCCACCUCCCCCUUCCAGGACCUCGGCUUCUCCAAGACCGUCUCAGCCUUCGUGCUCCUCGCCCUCGGCAUCCUCUCGGGCUUCCUCUUCCUUCUGGCGGAGUUGUCCCUCCAUUGGCUGCGCCCCAGGAGGAGAAGGUCCUUGAAGAAUGCGGAAAGGCUGGCGGCCUCCAUGGCUCUCGGGUCGGCGCCCAGGAGAAAGAAAACGGGAACCAGGGGAGACUCGCACAGAUUCGCGUACGAGCCUCAUUUGAGACAUUUGUGA